AUGAUUACCGAAGCAUUAGCACCACCACAGCACUACAGACAAGUGCAAAAUGAUCAUGUCUCAGCUGCUGACCAAACAGAUCAUUCAUUAGAAGUAAUCGGCGAAUCACAGAACUUCUUUCCAACUUUCGCAAACCUCUUCGAACCGCGGCAUCAAAACAAUUAUAGAGUAGGAUAUGGCAGCCAAGAGGCCGCCUACAGUCAAAGGCCUAAUUCUUUUAGAUCUCUCCUCAACUACCCUAUUUUUGGUGGAUUUAAUAGAAAUGUUGAAACAUUUGGUAAACAAUCUACCGUCCCUGCAGCGCCACUGGUUGAUGCCAGUGUACUGGGGUCAGGAAACUUUGGAAUUAUCAGAGGUGGCACGUUCUUUGCCCAAAAUGACGAAGACCACGAUUUCGAUGACAGCUUUAGCUCUUACUACAACAACGGUCACGGGAGACCAUCGCAAGGAGUAGGGUACAUCGCAAACCCGAAACCAAAUUACAACCAAGACCAAUUCGCCAAUUUUAGAGACUUCGCAGACUUAAACGCUCCCGCUAAUUCAGCCUAUUCCCAUUUCGUUGUCGUAUACGCCAAUAAAAACGGAACAAUGGAUGAAAUUAGUGAGGAAAGUAGACGAGUCGUAUCUGAACCGCGAAAUAUUAUAGAAACUCUUGAAAGAUUGGAUGAUGUUAAAGCUCGUCCGAAAGUGUCGAAGUCUAAAGCGAAAUUAGCAGCGACCAAACAGAAGAUGGCCAGCAAAAAGGAUCAAUGGAAGAAAACAAAUUCGAAACACGUAAGCCAAAAGCAUGAUCCAGAAGAACCACUAUUAGCGUUAAGU